UCCGUUCACGACAACGCGAUUAUGGAUCUGGCGUUCUCAGAAGAUGAUAUGCGCCUGGCGACGGCGUGUGGUGACCGCAGCGGCCGGAUUCUCGACGUUCCUACGCAGACUGUUGCUGCUGAGCUUGGAGGAGGCCACUGGGACUCAUUGCGGCAGGUUGCUUUCCAGCCCGGCGAGGCGGCCGGCAACGUCAUUGCUUCGUCUGAUCGAGCUGGUCGCAUCCAGAUUUGGGACCUGCGAUGCUCCUCAUCACCGGUCAACAGCUUUUCUUGCCCAAGCGGCAUCGGCCAGCGCGACACCUCCCUCGAGCCCCUUCAGGCCAAGGGUGUAAAUACCAUCGACAACGCCCACGAGCGCACAGUGCAGGGCAACACUUCAUCAGCGUCGGUUACUGCUAUUCAUUGGAUGCCGCCCGGCCGCGAACACCUGCUGCUCUCUGCCUCCGAGGCCAACGCCUCCAUCAAGCUUUGGGACACGCGAUAUAUCAAGCCCCGGCGGCAGGCGGAAGAGACGCCCCUCGCUGUGACUCAGGAGCCGCGAGGCCACACGUGGCGCUCCUACGGCAUCACGUCCCUGGCUCUCAGCUCCGACGCCGCCCGCCUCUAUGCCGUCUGCAAGGAUAGCACCGUCUACGCCUACUCCACGAGCCACUUGAUGCUGGGCCAUGCGCCAGAGCUCGAAGAUGGGGCAAGCAAGCGCAGGCCCAACGGCGCCCAUGGCCUGGGGCCCAUGUACGGCUUCAAGCACGAGCUCUUCCGCGCCCAGUCCUUCUAUGUCAAGUGCGACAUCCGCCCCGGCAUCAACGGCUCCUCGGAGCUCCUCGCCGUGGGCAGCACCGACGGCUGUGCCCUCCUCUUCCCGACCGACGAACGAUAUAUCCGCAGCGCCUGGGCCAGACGCUCCCACCUGGCCUCCGAACCGUCCUUUGCCACCCCGUCGCAGAGCAUCUCCACGCCGUCCGCGUUUGGAUCGUCUGCCACGCCCCUCAUCCCCAUCUCACGCCUCGGUACGCCCCUCAUCCGCGGCCACGGCCGCGAAGUCACCACCCUCAGCUGGUCUCACGACGGGAAGCUCGUCACCGCCUCGGACGACUACAUUGUUCGGCAGUGGCAGCAGGACGAGUCCCGGGCGCGGUACUUGCGGCAGGUGGGCGAGUUUGGCGGCGAGCGGCAUUUGGCCGGCUGGGCUGAUGUGGGAGAUGAUUGGGAUACUCCUGACGAGGAC